AUGAUUGUAUGGAGGUAUAUUCACAACAAACUCCCCACUAAUGAUAACCUGAAAAUCAGAGGGCUUUCCUUCCCUUCUCUCUGCAGUCUCUGUCUCUCUCAUUGUGAGAACUCUACUCAUCUAUUCUUUGAGUGCAAGUUUGCGAAGAACAUAUGGAGUUGGUUUGCUGGAAUAUCUCAAUUUGGCAGGCCCAUCAAUUGUUUGGAGGACUGUAGGAAUCUUCUGUUACAGUCUUGGUGUCCUCAGUCCAAGGUUGUGCUGCAGGCAAGCAUUGCUUGCAUUUUCCAUCAAAUCUGGUUGACUAGAAAUAGGAGCAGGUUUGAGGAUUUGAGUGCAAACUGGAAAUCUUGUGUUGGUUUUGUCACUACUCACGCGAAAAUUGUUGGUUUGAACACAAGAAGAAUUUCAAAUUCUGCUAUCAAGAAUUUUGUUAUGCUAAAGAGCUUUGGCAUCUCCAUUCAUCCCAAGAAGCAAACUACUACCAUAGAGGUUUUAUGGUCUCCUCCUCUAGCUGGUUGGAUGAAAUGCAAUACUGAUGGGGUCUCAAUCCUUAAUGGAGCUGCCUGCGGUGUUAUUUGCAGGGAUCAUCAUGCUAACCACUUGUUCAGUUUAUGUGACUAUAUUGGUUCGGAAUCCGCUGACUUUGCUGAGCUCGUUGCUGCAAUUUUGGCUUUGGAGGAAGCUAAAAAAAGGAAUAUUAGUAAGCUUUGGUUGGAAACGGAUAGUAUGUUUGUUGUGAAUGCUUUCAAAGAUUGUUCCCGUGUACCUUGGAAGCUCCGUUCUCGUUGGCUCGUGUGUUGGAAUUACUCGGUUAAAAUCAAUUUCAUGGUAACACACAUUUUUAGAGAGGCCAAUUUUUGUGCUGAUUCCUUGGCUAAUCUUGGUUUGCAUUUUAAGGCUUUUAGGAUCUUUAAUUAUGUUCAUGAAGAUAUUCAAAGAGAUUUCUUGCUUGACAAGUUGGGUACCCCAAGGCAUAGAAUUUGUACCUAA